CUUUACAAACAAGUAAACAAUGAUAUAGUUUCCAUUUUUAUUGAUCUGCUAACCAAACCUAAUUUUCUUUAUGCGAUGACGGCUCAGGAUCAUGUUCUACUCGUUAUUGGAGAAUGGGUGAAGGUGGAUUCAUUUAUCUGGAACUUUGAACCUACAACGGUGGAGGGGAACCGGUUCCUUCGCCUGCGGGACUCCAUGACAUACAAAGAGCUUGCAAGCAAAGUUAAAGAGAAGCUGGGACUCCGAGCACAUGACGUCGUUAUAAAAAUGUCAUACCAGUACCCGUCAUGGAUGGAAAUAGACGAAGGCAACGGAUCCUCGCCACAGUACAUAUGUGAAGAUAAGGAUGUUGAAGUUUUCAUCAGAAUGAGGCGUUUCAUUGAAGAGGUUAACCUGUGUGUCACUGUGGUGAAGAAAAUAACAUCCCAAGAGGCUCAGCCAAAGAGGAGGGAGAAGCACUGGCUGCAUUACGUUUCACCAAACAGUGAUGGAGACUCUUCAGAGGAUGAAUAUGAUGCCGACUGGCAUGAUUUUGCACUUAGCGAACACACAACAUCACCACAAGAAGGACCUAUUGUUGAAGGUGAGACAAUUAGAUUAUGCUCUGUCCCAACAACUGCAGGAGGCAUAACUAUCCGAGAAACAGAACCUACAAUUCGCCCUGCUGGUCCUGCUUGUAAACCUGGUGAUAAAGGCAAAGGAGUACUGCAGGAGGCUCCAAAUCCUACAGAAGUUGAUAGUGAUGACGAGCAGGAGAAUCAAAUUGUUCUAUUUUCACAGCCAGAUAUACCCUCCAGAGUUGAAUGUAGCCAAGCAAGGGUGAAUGACACUAUCAAUUCGUCACGGGUAGCUGUACGAAGCCCUGUUUCAGAUUCUGAAUCAACUGGGAGCAUUGACGGUGAUGGAAAUGGAGCAGAACAUGUUCCAUGUGUGAUGUGGGGACGAGUUCAAGAGGCAUUGAACAAGAUGCUACUAGACAAGAGUGAUGAUCCGGCCUUGUUCUGUCGCGAUGCACCUCCUGUCUUUAAUGAUGGAAAAGGUGCAGAUGUUGAAACUGCUUUGGCGGAUAUAAACUAUGAAGGAGACAAGCUGUUUGUCGGACGUGUGUUUAAGUCAAAAGCGGAUUGCAAGCUGAAGAUUGCUAUUCACGCAAUCAACAGGAAGUUCCAUUUUCGCACCAGUAGGUCAACUCCUAAGUUCAUGGUCUUGAAGUGUAUUUCAAAAACCUGCCCAUGGCGGGUUUAUGCAGCAAAAGUGGAUGCAUCUGAGAACUUCCAAAUCCGUCAAGCCAAACUGACGCACACAUGCACGGUUGAUGAGAGGCGUAGCUACCACAGGUUAGCUACAACACAGGUUAUAGGUGAGAUUAUGCAAUCUCGAUUUGUGAAUAUCAAAAGAGGUCCCAAUGCUGCCGUCAUUCGCAAGUUUCUGCUAGAUGAUUUCCACAUCAACAUUUCUUAUUGGAAAGCAUGGCGUGCAAGGGAGAUUGCAAUGGAAAAGUCUAUGGGUUCUAUGGCUGGAAGUUAUGCUCUGUUACCGGCAUACAUCGCUUUGCUUCAGCAAACUAAUCCUGGAUCACUUUGUUUUUCGGCCCAUUCUGAUGAUCCAAAAGACCGCCAUUCUAGCAUUUACAGCGGUUUAAGGAAGGUUUACACGGACGCGAAUCAUGCUGCCUGUACUGUUCAUCUGUGGAGGAAUGUAAAGCACUUGUACAAGCUCCAAACCCUAGCUGGUUUAAUGUCAGCUGCAGCCAGAGCCUAUGUAGUUGAUGACUUCAACAAAAAUUUCCUCCAAAUUCAAAAGCUAAGCCCAGGAUGUGCUGCAUAUCUUGUUGACAUAGGAUUCUCUCAUUGGACAAGGGUCCAUUCUAUGGGAAAGCGGUACAACAUAAUGGACAGCAACAUCGCCGAAUCCUGGAAUAGUGUAUUGAAAGAAGCUAGAGACUAUCCAUUGAUAUGCAUGCUUGAAUACAUUCGUACAACUCUUAUGGAUUGGUUCGCUUUCCGUAGAGCCAGGGCUGCACGGUCACAAACCACCUUAGCUCCCAAAGUUCGCAGCUUAGUAGAAGCUAAUUUUGAGCUGGCAAUGGCCAUGUCAGUAAGGCCAAUAAGCGAGUUCGAAUUUCAAGUUCAAAUAACAAGUGGUGAAUGUUUCACAGUUAAACUAGUUGACGGGACUUGUACCUGUAAUGAAUUCCAGAGCCUUAGCAUUCCAUGUGCCCAUGUGAUAGCAGCAGCAACAAGCAUUGGAAUGAGCGUGGAUAACUUUGUAGCACCGGCAUACUUUGAACACACGCUUCGACUUUCUUAUGCCGAGAAGAUUUAUCCUAUUCCAUCUGUCGGGGGACCCGAUAAUGCGUCUGGUACUGUAGGGGAUCUUAAUCCUCUUUUUGUGCGACGUCCACCGGGCAGGCCUAAGAAGAUUCGGAUCAAAUCUAAGGGGGAAUUCAAGCGCCCUCGUCAACAGUCUAACAGGAGGUGUUCCCGUUGUUGUCGCCCAGGCCACAACAAGGCUUCCUGUAAAAAUGCUAUAUAAGCAUUAGCAACAACCAUGGGUUUUAAUGAAGGUGUUCCAAAGAAGGUUUUUGGAGUGGGCAAAAUAAUGGUUACCGCAUCAAGUAUAGAUGCGAUGAUGUAUAUAUGCAGUGGCUGUAUAGUCCAAAGCUAUCACAAAAUACUCUGGUAUAUCCUGUCAUAGUAUAUACCAUAGUAUUUUGGAUGAUACGCUUAUCUAUCUAUCUCUAUGCAGUGUUGUAAAUAAGGUUGUGAUGCCCAAGAACACCAUGUUUUGAAGAUUGUAAUAUAUUAUAAACCCAGAAAUGGUUU